UAAAUGUCAUUGGCUGUAAUGCUGGAUUGUUGGGUGCCGGCCGGUUGAUUUGUUUCCAUUAAUUUAUCUAUAAAUAGUUGUUAUUAUUAUUAAUUACAAUUAAUUAUUAUUUAUGAUAUAUAUAAUAAAAUUUGUUAAAAUUGCAAUUCGAAUCGUAUGUAGUUAUGUUUGUAAAAACUAUAUAAUUUUGAGUCAGCAAGGUUAAUCGGUAUUGUCUCCAGCCAGAAAGAAAAAUGAUGUUGCAGCCGAAAUACUAUCUGAUUCUAUUCUUAGCAGUUGCAGUAUACUUCAGCAUCUCAAAACUUUUGUUUGACAAAGUUUAUGCCACACUUCAGGUUGUGGUAGAUGAGCUGUUCCAUAUACCCCAGGGAUUGGCUUACUGCGCACACAACUUUACUUAUUGGAACCCAAAAAUUACUACUCUACCAGGACUUUAUCUGGCCUCGGCUGCAAUCCUCAGUCAGCAUUUCUCAUGUAAUACUUACAAUUUGCGAUUUGUGAAUCUUGCAGCAUCUUGUAUUAACUUGAUACUGUUUUCGUCAAUUUUAAAGUAUGUUUAUGGCAGCACCAACUCUGCUAAAACCGUGUUGCAGGCAAUCAAUCUGACAAUACUGCCACCUUUAUAUUUUUUUUCACAUGUCUAUUAUUCUGAUACUUUGUCAUUGACCUUUCUGCUAGCAUUUUCAAGAUUAUGUUUAAUUAACAGAUGUAAAAUUCUGAUACUUGUUUUUGCUUUGAUGAGCGUGCUGAUGAGACAAACUAAUAUUGUCUGGAUAGCCAUGGUUUUCGGCCACAAAAUAUUAGAUAUUUUCAUUAAAAGCUCGCGUGUUUUUGGCAACCAUUUUCUGACCAAAUUGAGAUUGAAUCAUCAGUCGUCAAUUGCCAAAGAUAUUGACAAGUCUAUGUUAAAGUAUCACUACAGCAUUUCUGAUCUAUUCAUAGCUGUGAUGUAUCAUAUAACAACUUGUUCCGUUACCUUUUUUAAAUAUUUAACCUUAAAUGAUGCAUUAGUACUGUUCACUCAUCUUAUAACAUUGAUAUCAUUUGUUGUAUUUGUGUUCAAGAAUGGAUCUAUAGUUCUGGGAGACAAGAGUGCGCACGAGGCGAGCCUGCACAUCCCACAAAUGCUGUACUUUUUAAUAUUUUACGGUAUAUUUGGCUUGCCUUACGUGUUGGCCAAAUUUGUUUCCACUUUGAAGCUGAUUCUGUCUAACAAGUACAAAGCUUUUCUUUUCUCUUUGUUAUUUGCUGUGAUAGUUUAUUAUAAUACUGUUGUUCAUCCGUAUAUGCUAGCAGAUAAUAGGCACUUCACAUUCUACGUAUGGGGCCGUUGGUUUGGGAGGUAUGGUUAUGCAAAAUAUGCUACAAUUCCAGCUUAUAUUUUCCUAAUGUUUAGUUUGUAUGAUAAUUUAAGACAGCAAAAUUGUAUAUCAUUUUUAUUUCCUUAUAGUGUUAGCUUGUUUCUAAGUUUGUGCUUGCAAAGAAUGGUAGAAGUAAGGUAUUUUUUGAUUCCAUACAUCAUAUUGAGACUGAGGCUCGUGAGACCGACGGGGGCAAUUGUUAUUUUUGAAUUUGUAUGGUAUUUAUGUUUGAAUGCGGCAAUGUUCUAUGUCUUUUUCAAUAAGGAAGUCAUGUGGAAUGAUUUCGAUUAUCCACAGAGAAUAAUUUGGUAAUGUAAUGUGAUGCUCUGUGACAAUGAGAAAAAUUUAAUAAUUUUGUUAAGAUGAUGAUGUUGUUUUUUUUUUUGUAUAUUUUUAUUAAUAAUAGUCAUUAAUCAAUAGGAAUGUUAAAUGUUUAGUUUCAUAUAAUGUUUGAUGUAAAUUUUCAUAGGUUGAUAAAUAUAAUUUGGAUUUAAAUAUAA